UGGAGAAUCGUAGGGGCAGUGGAGACACUGCCACGAACUCGCAUGGAAAAACAGACAGCUGCUGCAGAGACUGCAUUGUUAGGUUUACUGACGCUAUAUAUCCUACGACUGAGACUGGAAUCACUUUUUAGAAGCUAUCGGUUAACCAGCAGUGGGAGACCAAAAUAAGCUAAACUUUUGUCUGCACAGAAAUACUGCUAUCAGUUUAUGAACACAGAUCAGCAGCUAUAUUCCGAAUAGUUUUCACUGGAUAUACAUUUUUUUUUCAUUUAAUGUAAAAAUAAAAAGGUUUCAUUUGCAUUUGGAAAAGGAACGGAUUUUUGUUGCAUAUAGUUGCAAACUAUAACGGAUUUUUUUCACGGCUUCCACGCACAUUGUAUCAUUUGAUUUUUUCGUUUUCUCUUGAGGAUUUGGCAGGGAUAUCAUGUCGUUUUUGCGCAUCUCUCUGGGCUUGGUGGCGGCUCUGUGCGUGACCGCGGCGCACAGUGCAUGGGAGGAGAGUACAGUUGUGCCGGUAAGGCUCGACCCGGUCCAAACAGAGGGCAAGACCGAACCGUGGCGGAAUCUCAGUGCCGAGGAGCGUGAGAAGAACACAGAGAGACGGGUUUAUCAACUGGAUGUCUUUGGCAAACAGAUGAUUUUGGACCUGGAGCCUGAUCAGACCUUCCUAGCGCCCGGGUUCGUAUUCCAAAUGGUGGGGCCAACGGGGAGUUUGAAGUCGGAGGCGCAACAGGAAUUUGACAGCGGGGCUGCGUCCCAGUGCUUCUUUUCGGGCACUGUGAACUGGGAAGUCAAUUCUGCGGCCGCGCUAAAUCUGUGCCACGGGCUGAAGGGCGGCUUCUACCUCCAGGGAGAAGAGUAUUUCAUCCAGCCAGUCAACGGCAGUGACGCGGACCCCUCAGAAGGGGAUCUCCACUUCAUCCGUAGGAGGAACAGAGGAUCGCCGGCUGAGGAGAGCAGCUCCAAGUGCGGGGUCAACGAGGAAGAGGAAAGGUUACCGAACAGCCCCGAGAAAGCGAAACAGGAGGCUUCAGCAUUUGAUGAGACAGCUCGCCAUCGGUCCCGCCGUUUCGUGUCAACCCCACGCUACGUGGAGAUCCUGCUGGUGGCUGACCAGUCGAUGGCUGAGUUCCAUGGCGCUGGGCUCAAGCCCUACCUGCUGACCAUCAUGGCUGUGGCAUCCCGCCUGUACCGCCACCCCAGCGUACACAACUCCAUCAGCCUGGCUGUGGUGAAGCUGCUGGUGGUGUACGAUGAGCAGCACGGUCCUGAGGUCUCCUCCAACGCUGCCCUGACACUCAGGAACUUCUGCAAGUGGCAGCGGCAGCACAACCCGCCCAGUGACCGCAACCCGGAGCACUACGACACCGCUGUGCUGUUCACCCGACAGGACCUGUGUGGCGCCCACUCCUGUGACACGUUGGGCAUGGCAGACGUGGGCACUGUGUGUGACCCUGAGAGGAGCUGCUCCAUCAUCGAGGAUGACGGGCUCCAAGCCUCCUUCACUGUGGCCCAUGAGCUAGGUCACGUGUUCAACAUGCCCCACGACGAUGCCAAGCAGUGUGCCAGCAUAAACGGUGCCCACUGGGGCUCCCAUAUGAUGGCGUCUACCCUGUCCAACCUCAACCAGCUGCAGCCCUGGUCCCCCUGCAGUGCCCUGAUGGUCACGUCCUUCCUGGAUAAUGGCCAUGGCCAGUGUCUGCUGGACAAGCCCCAGAAGCCCCAACCUCUGCCCAAGGCCCUGCCAGGCUCUGUGUAUGAUGCCAACCGGCAGUGCCAGCUGACCUUUGGCGAGGAGUCCCAGCACUGCCCAGACCUCAGCACCACCUGUGCUGCACUCUGGUGCACUGUCACCACCUCUGGAGGCCUGCUCGUCUGCCAGACCAAGAACUUCCCUUGGGCCGACGGCACACCUUGCGCCCCUGACAGCUGGUGCCUUGCCGGGCAGUGCCUGACCAAGACUGAAGCUGCCCACUACCAGACUCCUGUGAAUGGCGGAUGGGGGGCAUGGGGACCCUGGGGAGACUGCUCACGCACCUGCGGUGGAGGCGUGCAGUAUUCCUUCCGGGACUGCGACAACCCUGUGCCCAAGAAUGGAGGCAAAUACUGCGAGGGCAAGAGGAUCCAGUACCGCUCCUGCAACACCCAGGCCUGCCUCGACAGUAACGGUCUAUCCUUCCGUGAGGAGCAGUGUCUAGCCCACAAUCACAUCUCCUCUCAUAUGUCAUUUGGCACUGGAGACAGCGUGGAGUGGGUCCCCAAGUAUGCCGGUGUCUCGCCCAAGGACCGCUGCAAGCUGGUGUGCCGAGCCAAGGGGACUGGAUAUUUCUUCAUCCUGAAACCCAAGGUGGCAGAUGGUACCCCCUGCAGCCCAGACUCCACAUCUGUGUGUGUUCAGGGCCAGUGCGUGAAGGCCGGCUGCGACCGCAUCAUCGGCUCCAACCGGCGCUUUGAUAAGUGCGGAGUCUGUGGUGGUAAUGGCUCCACUUGCAAGAAGGUAUCCGGAUCCCUGGACCGAGCCAAGCCCGGCUACCAAGACGUGGUGACCAUCCCAGCCGGCGCCACACACCUUGACGUGAAACAGCGAGCAGCGGGCGGCUCCCGUCAGGACAACAGCUACCUGGCCAUCCAGUGCCAGGACGGCAGCUACCUGCUGAAUGGCGAGUACCGGCUGACCACCCUGGAGACGGACAUCUCCCUGCGGGGGGCGCUGCUGCGCUACAGUGGCUCAGCUGCCUCCCUGGAACGUAUCCGCAGCUUUGCGCCCCUCCCUGAGCCCCUGACCAUCCAGGUGCUGUCCGUCGGCGAUGCACCCCGCCCCCGUGUUAAGUACAGCUACUUUGCCCCUCGGCUCGCCCCCCGCCGCGCCUCCAUCAAUGCUAUCCAGGAGGCCGGUGGCGCUGAGUGGGUGCUGCAAGAGUGGGGGGCCUGCUCGCGGACCUGCGGUGGUGGCAUCCAGCAGCGCUCUGUCAACUGCCUGGACUUCCAGGGACUGCCAUCUUCCGAGUGCCCCAGCGAGCUGCGCCCACCAUCGUCCCAGCCCUGUGCCUCCCACCCCUGCCCAGUGUGGCUGCUUGGGGACUGGUCGCCCUGCUCCAAGACCUGCGGCCGGGGUUUCCGCAAGCGCCUGCUGAGCUGUGUGGGGCAUGACGGGCACACCCUUGUCCACGAGAGCUGCGACCCCAAUAACCGACCCAGGCCCCUCCUGGACCUCUGCAGCUUGGGAAGCUGUUAGAGCCCCCUGGUCCCAGAGGAGAUACCCCCCGCAGGCAGGAAGACUCAAAGCACAGGCCCUGUCUUGCCGGCUGAGAGAAAGAGGCCUGGCGCGUGGCGUCUCCAUCUUCUCCAAAAAAGACUUAUUUUGCCCCUUUUAUUCCACCUUAGACAUUUCCACAACCAUUAAAAAAAUUAUUUUUCUUAUUAUGAAUGACUCGGUUGUCUGUGCAUUCCAUCAGUAGGAGAGGAGAGGAACACGCCUCUAAGGAGGAUGUUUGCACAGCAUUUCGAAUGCUGCCAGGACCAGUGAACUUCUCUGUUCCAGGGCCACCCCCGCAACAUCAUCUGUGUCAGAGACUCGUGUAGCAACACAGCCUGAAAGCCGCGCAGGGCUCAAACAAAGGGGUCCCCCACAGCAGCACUGCCACCCCUUUCCCACACAAAUGUAGGACACAGAGGGAAUCUGCCCACCCAUCAGCGCUGUUAGCUGGGUACAAAGCUGGCAGUCUGCUCCCUGUGGCAGAGCUGAGAUGAAGAAGGACACGAACUCUCUCUGUAUUAAAGCAGACUGCUUUGGGUGCCAACAUCCUGCUCGUUUGUGUGUGUGUGUGUGUGAGAAUGAGAGAGAGAGAGUACAUAUGUAUAUGUAGUCUGUCUGAGCUGGACUGGACAGACAGAAUUCGAGGAGGUUGUAAUAUGUUUUUGGAUAGAGGAAUAUUAAAGUACCAUUAGUCUUGUCUGUGUGUGUGUGUGUGUGUGUCGGUGUGUGUGUGUGUGUGUGUGUGUGUGUGUGUGUGUGUGUGUGUGUGUGACAGUAUAAGUGUGGAUAUACAGUAGGGGAUAGGUGUAUGCCAAAGAUCCAUUAGUCUUGCCACUCUGAAAGCUCCCUCUCCCCAGCUGGGUCGUCACCCCAUCUCACCCCACGUCCUUUUGGAGUGGGAGGGGUUCAGCCAAUCGGGCAGGACGCACCCACACCCAUGCUCUUCCUGCCACACCUCUCCACUUCCCUCUACGUCCAUCUCCUUCCUGGCAUGCCCGUUUCUCCCUGUUUCCCUCCUAGCCCACACACACAGCUAUCUAAAACUCCCACUCAAGAUCUGUUACCUGUAGUGUCUUUUGGAGCCAUGCCUUUUCAGAGCAGCUUUUGAAUGGGAGGAGUGCUCCUCUAUGUCCUGUAUUCAUAUGUGUGUGCAUGUAUGUGCGUGUGCAUAUGUGUGCAAUGGAGAUCUGGUCAGAGAUUCUCCUGCUACUACUUCAUAAGUAGGUGUUUAUUGCCUUCUAAGAAGGUAUGUUUUUGGAAAGCUUUUUUUGUACAGAAUAUCCAAACAUUAUUUAUUUUUGU